UAGCGGGCACCAAUUGAAGAUAAGCUCGUCCUUCACCUCAACCAAUUAAGGGGAAUUCCCACUCAAUUCGCAAAAUUUUCGCAAAUAAUCAAUGAAAUUUAUUAAUUGAAUGAUUAUUAAAUUGAAUACUAAAUAAAAUAAAAGACAUCGUGAUGAAGCUGUAUUUCAGUCUGAUCGUUUGCGCUGUGAUGUCGCAAGCCCGCGCCGCCAUCAUGCCCAGCUUCGUCCACCUCGGUUUCUGCUCCGACGUCCCGCGGAUGCCGGAAUUUGACAUAGAAAAAUACUCGGAACGCUGGUACGUCAUCCUGCAAGUGCCCAACGAGUUUGUCCCAGCCAAGCAUUGCGUCACGGCCAACUACACGAGCAUUACCAGCGAUGGAACAUUCACGAACCGAAAAAGCGGUUGCGCCGACAACCGAACUGUGAUCCACUCUCUGGUAGACCUGCAGUUGGUCGACCAUGACUACCACACUUUCAUCAUACAAGCGCAGGACGAACGGCCAGAGAUCGGCGUCACGGUGAGCACAUAUUCAUUAUUUUCAUUUUAUGAUACCAUUUCCUGA